CGAGUUUCUGACUCAUUUUUUAGGAGUUGGCUGUUCUGUCGCUUUUCACUGCAAACGUAAAUAUCUUUAAACGUUAUAGAGUAAUGUAGCAUUAGGCUAGCUUUCUGCGCUAAACGGACCUACAAUGCGUGUGUACAGACUGUGGCAACACUCUGUUAGUGUAAGACAUGUGUCUUUAAUUAAUGGACAGUUAUCUUGUGCGUUUUCGUCAUUCCACUGUUUGCGUGCGCGCAAAAAGAGCAGCCAGUACAGCAGUGUUGAUACUGAGCAUUAUUCAUCGCUGGUCAAAACGGUUGUAUCUACGAGAACAAGCUCCCAGACUCCCGAAAGUAUUGAACAUGAAGAUCAGUGUCUGUACGGAUCCAUAGUAAAAUCAAAAGCAGCCCAGCUAACUAAAGUGCUUAAAAACCCGUGUCCACUUUUAAACGAAGCAAAAAUUAGUCAGGAAUCAGAUCACCUAAAGGAAAGUAUUACUCGAAUAAACUUGCAAAGAGGUUCAAGUCAGGUCAGCAUACCAAGUGUAACAAAAAUACUGCAAAAGACAAUGUCCGAGCAGCAACUGUUUUACUUGGAAAGAUGGAAGAGAAGAAAGAUUGCUGAGCUUGGAGAGGAGGGUUUCAAACAAUACACCAUGAAUCUUUUCAGACAAGGGAGACUAUUCCAUGCAGCUAUUGAUGUCAUUUUAACUGGAGAAAACCUAACGAAAGAAGAAGACAAAUUCACAGAAAAUUUGUCUGGGUAUUUACAGAGUAUCGGACAUGUGUUGGAUGUCAUCAGAGAAGUAAAAGCCAUUGAAAGUGUUGUGCAGCACCAAGCACUGCAGUACCGGGGUAUUGUGGAUUGUGUCGCCACAUACAAGGAUUCACUGUGUGUCAUAGACUGGAAGACAUCUGAGAGACCCAAACCAUUACUUAAUAACACGUAUGACAAUCCCCUGCAGGUGGUUGCGUACAUAGGGGCUUUAAACAGUGACAGUAACUACAACUUUCAGGUAAAAAACGGGCUGAUUGUUGUUGCUUACGAUGAUGGCUCACCAGCUCACUGUCACUUCCUGAAUGCAGACCUGGUGGCGCAGUACUGGGAGAAAUGGCUUUUUCGAUUGGAGAAGUAUAUGGAGAAUGUUGUGCACCCUAGUUCUUCCUAAGAGACAAAAAUGCACCAAAAAUGUGCCUUCAUAUAAAUACUAAACCUUCAGGUUCAGUUCUUCUCCAUUUUUUUUCCUUUAAGGGCAUUAUUUAAUGUUUAGUUUGUAUUAAUCACAAUUGUAAGUUGCGUUGGUUAAAAGCAUCUGCAAAAUACUGUAACUGUAAAUGUUUUAUCUGUAAACACUGAAAAGCGGACUAAUUACAACAUUAAUUA